AUGGCAACAAAAGAAUCUGGAAAUAAAACAUCGAAUUGGGAAAAAGUAAGAAAUUUGAGAACAGCUGUAAAUGUAACAAAUGCAUUUAAGAAGUCAUUGGAAGAGGCAAAGAUAGAAGAACGACUUGCUACUAAACUUCAUCGUGUAUUACAAAGUAUUGUAUUAUAUCGUGAAGAAAAAGCUCUGGUAGAAGCCAGUUUAAGUGAAUGUCAUAUCAUGCUAUCAGGACCGCCUCGUGUUGGUAAAUCAACUUUGAUCAAUGCGCUUUGUGGUUCAGAGGUCGCUCGAACUAGUGAUGGAUUGGCUUCAUGUACUCAAAGAGUUGAAUGUUAUACAAAAACAACUGAACGUUAUAAUCGUAAAUAUAUUGUCAAAUUUUGGGACACAGUGGGAAUUGAGUCAUGGACGAAACCUGAUAUUGAAUCUUAUGUAUGUGAUAUUAUAAAAAUUCGCCAUCCAAUCUGUCUUAUAUUUUGCGCAAGUCCAGGAUGUUAUGUUGACCUAGAACGGUUAUUCUGGCUAGUAACAACAUGCAUAGAUUCAAAUAUCUUUUGUGCAUUAGUCUGUACAAAUAUGCAUUUCGGUAAUCGAACAGAUAGCGUUCUCCAAGACUUGAACGAUAUUUUUCUACGAUUAUCUCAAGAGAAGUAUCCUUUGAUAUCGGAAAAAGUUGAUUCGUCUAAUUCAUCUACUCCAUCGAUUACAUUCUAUAGUAACAAAAAAACUAGGCAACGUGUAGCACUGGUAUCUCAGAUAAACACAAUUGAAUAUGUUGAUCUUUCAAAAAAUAUUCGAUUACCUCCUGUCGGUGUAUUUGAACUGAUUACUGGUAUUAUGGAUUCUUUAUCUGAAGAAAAAAUUGAACAAAUGGUUGAAAUUAUAUUGAAUAAUCGUUCAUUUUGGACACGUAUUAAUCAGACGUUAUCUGGCUUUUGGAAUGAAAGAUUUCUUCAAAGUUUUCGUAGUUGGUUUGCUAUACAAUGA